AUGAUAAAGCUAACAAAAAUCAAUAAUGUCAUUGUGGAACCAAUCAAACUACCACAACCACCAAAAAAUGUAAAAGGAUCGGAAUUAUUUAAUCAAUUAAAUGCAAAUAUAUUGUUGGAAAUUCAAAAAGAUUUGGAUAAAAGAGGAAUAACAUUUAUGGCAUUUACAAGUAUUUAUGAUGACAAGGCAAAUGUAUUGGAAGCUUUUAUUCAAAGUUUACAAGUAAAACCAAAAGAAAAUAAAGUGGCACCAGACUAUUUAAUUAUUUUUGAUGAUUUAUCAAAUGAAUUAAAAGAUCAAAGUAUUACCAAACUAAUGAAGAUUCAAAGACACUUUUCAACCAAGAUUAUUAUUAGUACUCAAUCAUGGAAAGACACUUCAUCACAUAUAAGAAAAGGUAAUUUGGAUUAUGUUUUAUUAUUUAAAAAUAUACCAACAGAGACUUUAAAAAUAAUUUAUGAAGAGUUAUCACUAACCAUUCCUCUUAAAUUAUUUUUAGAGAUUUAUUCUUUUGCAACCAAAGAGAAAUAUCAUUUUCUUUAUACAAGCAGAAAUGGUGAUUAUAGAAAGGAUUUUAAUUUACAACUUGAAAUUAAAAUAUAG